CGCCUCUCACUGCCGCGCCGCUCGUCCGCAGACGCAGACCGCAGACCCGCGCCGCGCUCAUGUCUCGCCGCGACGCUGCCUAACGCCCGCCCACUCCACCGCCCCCAUGGCGUCCAGCCUGCUGCAGCUCGCGGCCACCAUCGAGGGCCGCUCCAAGACGCUCAUCAACAACGACCUCAAGAAGAUCCUCAAGGAGGAGGGCCUGGCGCAGACGGGCAACAAGGCCGCCCUGCAGGCCCGCGUGAUCGCCUUCAUCGACGCCGCCGUCGCCACGGGCAAUGCCGACACGCUGCACCGCCUGCAGUACCGCGUACAGAACCACGGCGAUGCGCCCUCUGCCGCCAGCAGCCCGACCGCCGCCAGCUUCGCCGCUCUGCCGCCUGUCAUGAACGCGCACGCCCCCGCCUUUGCCAGCGCCCAGUUUGGCGCCCUGCACCAGAUGCCGCCGCGAUCGCAAGCCCCCGCCUACUUCUUCCGCGACAGCCCGUUCUUCGAGGUGCGCGAGCUCGUGCUGAGCAACAUCACCCUCGAAGCCUCGCCGAGCCACCGCCAGAACUGCACCCGCAACCUGAUCCUCAAUGACUCUAUCAGCGCCCGCCUCAAGGCCGACUCGACCCUGCGCCUGCUGCUGUUCUCGGCCCUCGAGACGCCGCUGCCGCCCUUCACCCGCACCGACAUCACCUUCCCCGCCCAGAUCGAGGUGCGCAUCAACGGCGACGAGGUCAAGGCAAACUACAAGGGCCUCAAAAACAAGCCCGGCUCCACGCGCCCCGCCGACAUCACCGACCUGGUGCGCCUCUCGCCCGCCAACUAUCGCAACAACCUCGUCGUCACGUACGCUCUCACCCACAAGAAGUACAACCUGUUUGUGUACAUGGUGAAGAAGUUCUCGGCCGCCGAUCUGACCAAGCAGAUUGUCGCCAAGAAGGUCAUCACCAAGCAGGCUGUGCUCGAGGAGAUGCGCGCAAAGGCCGCCGAUCCCGACAUCGAGGUUGGCUCCAGCGUCAUGUCGCUCAAGGACCCCAUUUCCACUCUGCGCAUCAACAUCCCCUGUCGGGCGGGCGUGUGCACCCACAACCAGUGCUUCGAUGCCGAGUCGUUUCUGCAGCUGCAAGAGCAGGCGCCGACAUGGAUCUGCCCCAUCUGCAGCAAGACAGUCCACUUCAACGGCCUGGCCGUGGACGAGUACGUCAAGGAGAUUCUGGCCCAGGUCCGGAACGCCGACCAGGUCACCAUCAGUCCGACCGGCGAGUGGUCGACCCAAGCGGCGUCGCCCCCGCGGCGGAACGGCAUAGCGGCGGACGACAGUGACGAUGACUUCAUCGAGAUUGUCGAUCCCACCGACUCGCGCGUCUCCGGCAUCAAGGGCGAGGCCGUGCAGACACCCGCGUACCUCAGCACACCGCCCAACCCGUCGCGAGAGCCCUCGACAGCACCGCGGUCGGGGACGAAGCGCACGUCAGAAGUCGUCGACCUGACGCUGAGCGACGACGACGAGCCCCCGCGACCGGCCAAAAAGGUAGCGUACCGACCCCCAACCAAUCCUCCCGAGCCGUCCCGCCACUAUGAACUCCCUCCCCCCCUCCCCCGUCCUCGAUACGACCCGCACGACCAGCACUCCUCGCACUCCUCGGCCUACCGGGACACGCGCCUGAACUAUCCUCCCCGUCCCUACACACCCCAAGUACCCCCCGACGACCGCCACCUCUACAGGCCCGCCACCCCCUACCGCUCAGCCUCCCACUUCUCUGGCCCGAGCGCGGGUUCCUCGCGCUACCCCACCUAUCUCGGUUCCUCCUCCCCUUGAUCUCGCGAUCCGCCAACACGAAUUUCCUUUGUCACCGGCUAACACGGCUGUCUCCAGGCACGAGUGGACGCGCUGUAGGUCGCUAGUCUGCUCCUUGGAGCGCCGCGAGGGAUUUGCCCGGCCUGAGUGGGAGAUUUGGGUGUAGUGCCUUUCCCUUGCCUCUCUUCCCUUCUCGCGAACCGUGGUUUGGGGAGAAGUGGUCUAAUGUAUUUGCAAUUUAGCGCGAGGCGUUUGGCGCGGAUCGGUGGACGCCGUUGGGAGGGGGUGGUUUUUGUGUUUUUUUCUUGUUCAAUUGGAGGCAUGGUGGGGAGG